CGCGGGGAGUGCCUCCUCGGCGCGGUAGAGAAACGUAGAGUCGCGCGUAGUACAGGAGGCCGAGACCCGACAACGCACGCGUAUUUCGAUUCGAACCUCGAGUCGAGACCUGGGAACGGGAAACGGAGAGGAAACAAAACGACGAGAGCGAGGGGAACGAGGAGCAAGACACGGGAGGACGGAACCGAAGGCGCGGAAGAUCGAAGCGGAGCCGGAACGUCUUCCGCGCGCCGCCUCUUUCUGCCGUUCGGAGCGGUUCUCCCCCCAAAUUGAUUCCGCGUCCGCGCAUCGCCACCGCGACGCGACGGUCUCGUCGCCCCGACGGUCGUCGCGGCGACGACGGUCGCGCUGCUCCCCGGCGAGCGGCCUCGUCCUCUCGACGCGGCGCCCUCGCGAUCGUCAUUGUCGUCGUUGUUCCGCUCAUCCUCCGCCACGGAUACGCACCAGUGAAAAUGCGGUAGUGACAGUGCCGGCUGAAGCAGGAAGGACCCCGAGAGUUCCGGCAGGAAGCAGCUGGAGAACGAUCCAUCGUCGUUCGCGCUCGCGGACGACCGCGCGACGAGACCGCGGGAGGACUCGAGCCCGAUCUCGCCGCCCUCGAGUCGCCGGUGCGCCGGCCGCGGGGAAAAAUCGCGAGAGGAGAGCCGCCCUCUCCUCGCCUCGACAGUGGCCAGCCGGAAGUUAUGACGAGGGGCUCGCGCUUCACCCAAGGACACGGAGGAAUCGUUCGCGCGCAUGUGUCCAGUAGCGGGAUAUAGUGUCAACGACAAGUCGCCGCUCGCAGAUCUGGAUACCUUGCUGUCGACACCCCCCGGGCCCGGAUUGUCUCAUGUCAGGAUGGCGCUGGCGCGACUUGCGGUGAGCGACUGUGCGCCACAGACGUCGCGGGUCAGCUCAAACUUGCACAGCAGCAGUAGUAUGGCAGUGAGCCGCGUCCCGAGCCCGCCACCACCGGAAGUGAACACCCCCGUAGCCGAGAACUGGUGUUACACGCAGGUCUUGUGUGCACAGGUGAAGGUGGUUAAGUUCAGCUACAUGUGGACGAUAAACAACUUCAGCUUCUGCCGUGAAGAAAUGGGGGAAGUACUCAAGUCGUCCACGUUCUCCGCCGGGGCCAACGACAAGCUGAAAUGGUGCCUGAGAGUGAAUCCUAAGGGCCUGGAUGAGGAGAGCAAAGACUACUUAUCGCUGUAUCUCCUCCUUGUUUCGUGCAACAAGUCCGAGGUCAGAGCAAAGUUCAAAUUUUCUAUUCUUAAUGCCAAAAGAGAAGAAACCAAAGCAAUGGAAAGCCAGCGUGCUUAUAGGUUCGUCCAGGGUAAAGAUUGGGGUUUUAAGAAAUUCAUUAGGAGAGACUUUCUCCUGGACGAAGCUAACGGAUUGCUGCCAGACGACAAACUCACGAUAUUCUGUGAGGUAUAUACCUUUGUCAGCGUGGUGGCGGACAGCGUCAAUAUCUCUGGACAGAGCAACACGAUACAGUUCAAAGUGCCGGAAUGUCGACUGCCUGACGACCUCGGGCUGCUGUUCGAGAACCAAAAAUUUAGUGACGUAACACUCGCAGUCUUGGACGAGAAGGGAGAGAUCGUCUGGGAGUUCCAGGCGCACAAAGCAAUUCUCGCAGCACGAAGUCCCGUGUUCUCGGCAAUGUUCGAGCACGAGAUGGAGGAGAGGAAGCAAAAUCGUGUCGACAUCAACGACGUGGACCACGAAGUGCUGCGAGAAAUGCUGCGGUUUAUCUACACUGGUAAAGCGGCGAACCUGGAGAAGAUGGCAGACGAUCUGUUGGCUGCGGCGGACAAAUACGCACUCGAGAGGCUGAAGGUAAUGUGCGAAGAGGCGCUUUGCACAAGUUUAGCCAUCGAGAACGCGGCCGACAUCCUCAUACUUGCCGAUCUCCACAGUGCCGAUCAGCUGAAGGCGCAAGCGAUAGACUUCAUUAAUACGCACGCGACGGACGUGAUGGACACCUCGGGCUUCAAAUCCAUGGUGAAGUCCCACCCCCAUCUGAUAGCCGAAGCUUUCCGGGCACUGGCGACCCAGCAAAUCCCACCGAUCGGACCGCCCAGGAAACGGAUGAAACAAAGCUGAAAGCAGUCACCGUUGACUCCGGGCACGACCUCCACAUCGCCCCCGCCACUUUUGCAUCCCUCUUGAGACUUUGUGUACAGUGAUAUACGAAGUAUAGUAGUGCUAAAUAAAUGUUUCCUAGUGCGCCAUCCUCUGGUCUGAGACAAGUUCGACGAGACGAGAACCGACGCGAGCACCAACCAACCAAACAAACCAACCACCAACCAACCAAUCGUGAAAUACCUUGGUUGAGAAUGUCCAGAGAUCGACGGAAGGAGGAAGAGAAGAAGAAGGAGAAGGAGCAGGAGGAAGAGUGUGAGAAGAAUCGUCGUCCGUCCAUCCGGUCGGUCGUGGGCGAAUUUGCAAAAGCGUUCCCGGACUCUUGUGUUCAAGCUAUGUGUCAGUAGUGAAGAGAGUAUUUCGGCGUGACUAUCGACCGUCGCAUGUUCCGUCUCCGCGCAUUGAGGAGGAGAGAAACGAGACGCCCGAGAAUCUACACAUACACACACACACACAACAGAGACAUACACACGUCCUACUGCAUCCUACCAGCACGCGAACCGGUUACUCUUCUCUAGACCGGCUUGCGCGCAUCAGUCGAUUCCCAUCGCAGCAUCAUCAUUGGAAAAUGCGUUCGUUCCUUUCAAUGCCAAUGUCUUCGAUGCCAACCGAUCAGCCUCGCGGUGAUGCUCCGCAACGCGUCACCGGUUCUCGUACACCGUAUACGCAUACGGAGCCGUGCGAGCGGACACCGGAAGCGAACGCAGCCAGAGAGGACCAAGAAGAGAGGCCGAGGAGCCUCUCUCCGCGCGACUCGCCAUCGCGAUUACCAGGACAACAACGCAUGGGGCGCACGAUGCGCGCAGAAAGUUGUGAUAGACGUCGGCCAGACGAUUUAAACGUUUUUUUUUGUUCCUUUGUCGAAAGAAAAGGUGAAGCGGAAGAACAGGAAAGGGGAGAGAGAACGAGGAGAAAAGGAGUAACGGAUCAAACGGCGCGUGUCCCGCGGGCGCCAGCUCGCUCGACGCUCGUCAAGCGCGGAAAGAGAUUAGAUACUUUGUUCAUUUCUACCGAUAGUAGUGAUCUUUUUUUUUAGUUCUAGUGCGUCUCAAACUCUUCCAAGACGGAGAAAAUCAUUCUAGUUAGUGUUCUUUUUUUAUGAUCUCUUUCUCUGAAUAUGUACGAUUAUUAUUAUAAUUAUUAUAUUAUUAUUAUUACUAUUAACGCUACGCGCAAUCUGUGCCCUACGUAUUUUCGUAUAUUUUUUUGUCUACGGAUAAAGAAACAUCUCUCCCUCCGACUCCACCGCCCCCCUCCUUUCUCCUCAUUGCGGCGAUAAAACCCAAUUACCCUUCCUGAUCCCCUCUCCUCCCCGUCCCGCGUCGGUAGGCACAGUUUGUCUUGUUUUCUGGAGUAUUGCGUACUGUAAGCAAAGUGAUAGGAUCGAAUUAUUAUUAUUAAUUAAUUAUUAUUAAUGAUUAUGUUAUUAAAUUUAGGGUUGUCCAUAAUUUAUCGGAUAUACGUUGAAUCGGUCACGAUGGGGGUCGUCGAUCGCACGUCCCCGUCGCGGAUCACAUUUAUAUUACUUUACGAACGUUACGAUCGGCAAUUCGAAAUUCGACUGCGCGUUACUACAAAUCGCACACGUAUAAGAGAUUGAAGAGAAGGAGCAAAAAGGGAGAAACCGAUUAAAAAGCGAAUUGUGUAAAAUAUAAACGUUAGUCAAUUGUAUAGAGCGGUGUUACGAUCGUUUCCUUUUAUUUUGUGAUUGAUAAUUGAUUUGAGAAUUAAAAAGAAAAAAAAAGAAAUAAAUAAUAGCGAAAUUUUGUGGUCAAUGAACUGAAAUUAUGGGCAACCAUAAGCGGCGGAAACAAUAAUCAAUCGUUUAGUACCGUGUACUGGCUUCCUGAUCCUCCGAGAAUUUUAGCUUUACCGAGAGAGAAUCGAGUUUUAAAUAAUGCGAAAUACUUAUUACCAUUUACACAUCAUUAAUGAUGACGAUUAAUGCCAUACAUGUUCUGUGAUAAGACCACUGUAAUUACUGCAAUUGCGUAAUCGAUCCUUUCUAGAGAGACAAACCCCCCUCGCCCGCCCGCCACUCCCCCUGACGAUCUUGGCAGCCAGUGAAUUUACUUGUUACAUAAAAUACAUUUAUAGUAAGCAACAGUCAUUGCCCCGGACAGUCCCAAACCUAGCGUCAUUUUACGACUUUUACACUGUGUACAUAUCUGUUGUGUAUUUUAUAAAAACCGAACAACCCGUACAUGGAUAAUAUUCUAUACUUUUACGAGGGGAACCGUACAACAAUCAAGCAUCGCAAUUUAUUUCACAGACUGCGCUAAGCUCAUGUUCCUUGAAAGACACACUACUGAUGCUUUAACUUCAAUGACGUUAACGUAACGCCGACGAAUCGAAUAUAGAGGCAGAAAGUUGUGCGGAUCUUUAAUAAUGUUUGGCGUAGUGCAUUGACGGAUAAGAUUUUAUGAGAUAAUGAAUCGAUCACAAUAAUAAUCAUGAUGAUCAAUAAUAAAAAAAACCUAGUUAGAAUUUUUCCACUGUUUUUCUACGUGCUUUCUUUUUAUUUGAGCCUUGGUGCGAUAGGGCUUAAAUAGGAAGAAAAGAAAAAGGAUAUGAAAGCGGUGUGUAGUAGCGAUUUAAGGAACAGACUUUGGCCGUUCGUAUUGGUUCACAUAUAUUUUAAAAAUCCGCGACUAUACUCUGCAACAAUUUUCAUAUCUAUCUUUGGGACUGUGCGGCGAUUUUCUCUUGUGGAAUACACACACACACACAUACACACACACAUACGUUGAAUGUCUUUUUCUAGAGAAAGAAAGAGAAGUACGAAAAACAGAAAUGUGGAACAAACAAUAGCGAAACAGAACGAAACGAAUUCCGAUCGAGAUAGCGAAACCGCGAGGAGACACAGAUACAAAAGAACACGGAUAUACCUGUAGGCACAAUUCUGUACGAAAUCAAUUUGCAGCAGGAAUAAUACGAGCGUAUGACUGGAUAUAAUUUGAUAAACUAUUAAGUACAAGUAAGACAAGUGUUACCUCAUCAUGAUGAAAGCCGGCGCGUGUCGACGACCGAUCGACCACCACCGCUACUACUAGGCAGCAGCUACCGUACACCUGCUCUCUCUUUCUCUUUCUGCUACGGAUACGUCCGUUGUAUAUUGCAUUUAGAAGAAAAACAAAAUGAAAGAAAUGAAAAA